UUCCCCCACUACGUCGAAAAGUCACGUGAAAUUGCACCUUUAGGCCUGAGCUGACCGCCAUAUUGGCGUCAUUUCGAGCACGCUUUAUUCCACGAGUGUCCCGACCUGUGUAUAAGACCGUGGAAGCGGCUAUUGUAUUUAUUACUUUGAGGUUUAUCGCUGUUCUUACCGAAGCAUGGCUUCUCCGUCGUGUAAUUUAGUGGAGUCGAUCAUCGACGAGGUUGCCUUGGAGGGAUUAGACGGCAUUACUUUACAAGCUUUGUGGCUGCGACUAUCAAACAGACUCAAUAAUCCGCUACCAUUCCCCAAGCCGUUCAUGGAACAGGUAUGGUUAAUAUGCAGGAAAGUAAAGGACCUUCAGUUUUACCAAUUGGAGACGCCCAGAGAACCGCUUGUGAUAUUCGAUCGUUACGAGUACGUAAAUGACGAUCUCGGCACUAUACAAGAACCGUCAAGCGUCCCGCCAGAUAUUUAUCCUCACUGUCCUAUCCAAGAUCCCAAGACAGGUAUAAGGGGAUCUUGUGCCACAUAUAAUACAAGGAAAGACAUCAAAGACGAAGUGAAGAAUGCAAGCCUGGACGAGGUGACAGAGAGGUAUGGGCUGAGUCUGGUGAUCGUGGCAGCCCAGUCAAUUAGGACACGAGCAUUGAUGGGCCACGACGUGAGUUCAACGCUUGAGCUGACGAUCAUGCAUUACUGCUUCUUGGAGAGAGUGGGUCGAGCUCGUUACCACGGCGAGGUCACUCAAGGCAAGCUCAGCUUGGCUGCGCUCAAGGAGGACCCGAAAACCCUGUUCUAUCAUCGAAAGUUUCUGCUGCAUCACAAGCUUAUUACGAAGCAGGGCCAUCAUCAGAAGAGCGCCGGCCACAGUGGCAGCGGUAGCCUCCUGCAUCUGCCCCGCUUCUACGUGGAACGAAAGCCGAAGAUGCUCUACCUGGCGGAGCAGGUGCUCGACAUUCUACGAUCCAAGAAGGACGGCGCGGCCGAGUACGACGAGAUUAAGAAGAAGCUCGGAAUCGAAAAUGCUAUCAAGAAGCUGUUUAGAUCCGCUUACUUUCAAAAAAUCGUAAAGACGGACAUCUGCGUGCCGUAUAGAACUUUGUAUCCCAAUGCCGAGCCCAACGAGUGGCGACAGAAGCAGGACCCUUCGAAGGAGAAAAACAUUAGAGUCGUGCAGUUGAUGUAUCCGGACGCCAACAUUAAUGAUAUGUGGAAUAAGGAGGAGAAAGAUGACGAUGAAGACAUCAUUGAGGUGAAUGUGUCUGAUCACAAGUUUAAUGUUCCUUGUCUCAAACAAGCAAACUAUAUCAUUGAGGCCAGUCGAUUCGAAGGCAUAUCUCAAGCUGAGUUGGGACACAAGAUGGGUCUGACCAAAUUACAAUCCAGGUCAUUUCUGAGGAAUAUGGUAAAAGCGCGUAUCAUCGCAACGUACAUGAACGACAUAGGCCGGCAGCGGAUUACAAAGUAUGUCGCGAAGAAAUUCGAGAAGAACAGCACAAUGAGUAAGCAGUUUAACAAAGAAGUGCACAAGAUCAAGGAACUCACCAAGAAACUGACCAGCAAGAAUGAAGCGACCUUGCAAACGGAAAACGAACAGCAUCCCGCGGUCCCCGAAGACGACCAGACGAAUCAACGACAACUCUGUUUUGAUCAUAACGUUGAUAAGAUGGAAACUAAUACGGUCCUUGAUAUAGACAAAAGUAAAGAGGAAAAUAAAUGUGUCGAUGCAAAUUGUGCUAGAAAGGAAACGGAAUUGAAGAAUUUGUUUUAUGUUGUUAAUAGAAUCUUGCGUAAAUAUAAAUUGUCCAAAUUUCGAUCAAAGUACAGACUUACAACGUCGAAAUCUUUAUUAACGAAGACCAGCAAGCCCGAUAUCAGCGCCAAGGAGCAGAAGGCGAAGCUCGACGUUUCGCUCACGUCUAUGGAGCUAAUCGCAGCUGAUGCCAGAGCCACGUCGUUUUAUAAUAGCAUAAAGACAAAUUUGACAGCGCAAAAACCCGUUCGCACCGGCAAGGGUGUCAGCGAAGUUUUCGGUUUUAUGGAAGUCGUGCAGAACAGCGAGAAAAAGAAAGUUACAUACAGAUUGUUAAAGCGUGCCAAUAUGAUAAUCGAAGCAGUGAAGGAGCACCAAGUGAUUGAUGACACGGCAAAACUCAUGAAGAUGAUCUAUAAGGAGGAAAAGGAUGAGAAUUACGUUGUGAAGAUUGACAAGAAGUCUCUUAUCAGGCUGCUGCAGAAGCUUGCCAAGGACAAUCUUGUGAAGAACAUCAAGUUGACCUUGAGUGCAAAUGGACGUGAGAAGAACUUGAUGUUCAUUUGCGAUCCCAACAUCGAUACGGAUCAUACCGUCAUUAAGUCGGCCGUCGAGCAAGCAAAGGUCAAGUUCUGCUUAUUAGCGUCUCAGAAGGCAAAGGUGGUCUCGAAGAAAACGGUGGACAAGCACGACAAAGUGGAUAAGGCGGACAAGACGUCGUCGGGCUCGAAGGAACAAUUGCAGGAGCUCAACAAGACCGCGUCCAAAUUGCGCUCCGCGAACUACAAGUACGACGCCAAGGCUGGCAAGCGCUACGGUCUCAGCCCGAAAUUCAUCAGGAUGCGAACAAUGCACGUACUGCUUUUCUACCUGGUCUACGAUCAUCCCGGCGUGCCGAAAUUAUCUCAGCAGGAACAGGUGAAGAUUCUCAAGUUUAACGGAUACGAAAUCGACGACGACCUCGUGCAGGAGUUCAGUACUAUUUACAACAGCGAAGUAAGCUGGAAGAUGUUCAUCCCGCCCUUACCUAAGCACAGUGGAUGGCCCGAAGGCUGGACGCUGAUGUGCGACGUACUGCUAGGGCUGCCUCUGUCGAUUUUCACCAAGAUACACAAUAUCACCUUCCAGAUCCCGGAGUUGGAGCACUAUUUGAGCCACCCAAUCAGAAAGCAUUAUCUAGUUAAAAACCUCCCGGUCACCAUACGCAAUACUCUCCUGCAUGCGCGCAAGUAUAUAUUCAAUAUCCACGACACGAUAACCAGACUGGGCUAUAUCGGCCUGGUGCAGUUUGGUCCACAGCGGCUGAAAGAUAAAGAUCAGGUGUUUAUCUACGUGAACCGGCGCACGGAAUUGAUGGAUACGACCUCUUCGGCGCCGGGCUAUCACAAGAUCGAGGACAAGACGUACCCGGUGACUAAAUAUCUCUUCGAAAGCACGCAGGUCGUGGAGAAAUACUGGUACGAUAUGUGGACUAUCUGCGUUAAUACUCUACUUGGCGGUAGACUGGUGGUACACGGCAAAGAUAUUCUACUUGAGGAUUUAAGCAAGAAGAGUGCCAUGAUAGAGGCGGUUGCGGCGUGUCUUCCCAAAGACUCCGCAAAAAGAGACACCGGCGCGGUUCCGGGAGAUCGUAAGGGAGCGGCUGGUGUCGACUCAGCUCUCUUUGCGCAUCUGAAACGUAAUUGGAACUGGUCAAUCAAUUAUUCUAUGCAUCAGCAGACUUCUAGGAAUCAGGGAAAAUCCAGCACAGGUCAACGGGAUUUGCAUCUGUCGAAGAUUCAAGCGAAACCAGUCAAGUUCACGGAGUACGAUGGCCUGAAGAAGAUAUCAGGGCCGCCACCGCCGGCUACCGUCAACGCGAGUGAUUUGCAGAAAAAAGUGUACGACCAUCUCAGCACCGGCGGACGGAAGAACAAGGCUCUGCCGUCGCAUCAGUCCAGCAAGCAGAAGUCCUUCGUGCGGCGCGUGAUGCCGCGCAAGAAGAGCGUACGGAAGCCUCGUCUCAAGUACGACGAGGACGACUAUCGGGCGAUGCAACGGAUGGAGAAGCUGCGGGUGGACUGGGAAUCGCACGAGGACAACAUCCUGCUGGUGUGCAAGGUGGCGACGACCUACCUGUCGCCGAAUCCGCGCAAGCAGGUGGUGAGCUUCAUAGCGGUGCGAGACGUGUUGCGAACGUUCUCUUACAACUCGUACAACAAGACCUCGCGCGCCUGUCAACGCCGAUUGAUGUACAUGCUGCGACAGCCACGCACGGUCAACAGCGUCGCGCUUGGCGUCGAGGAGAUCAAGCAGGACCCGUUUGUCGACAAGCGAUACGGCGGCACCAUGGACAGGCUGAAAGGCGAGUGUUCGAGCUCGGCGGAGUACGAGAAGCGGGUGACGGAUGUUUUCAAGGAGCUCGUUGGCUACAUCGUUAAGAAGUAUUACGACAUUGCGGAGAUUAAACCGAAGAAACAUAUGGCGAUGCCGAAGACCGUGCAGGAGUUUAAUCUUCUCUUCGAGGUGGUUCACCCGAUGAAGCCACGUCACAAUCAGGGCUUCACGAAGGACGUGCGAAACACAAACGAUAUUCAUUCGGCGACUAUCAAUUCUGUUAUACACAGCUCCAUGUGUUGUGGAAAGGACAGACGUUCUUGGGCUUAUCAACUCUUCAAGGUAUACCAACACUUUUCGGAGGUCCUUUUGAAGCAAGCGAUGAAUAAGAUCAGAUCGGAUCAGAUGGUGACUGUAAAGAAGCACCACUUGGCGACUAUUAAGAAGUACGGAAAUUGCAUGCCGAUGAGCAGCUCGCAGUAUCAACUCAGUAUUAACUACAUCUACAAGUUCCAGACCAAGUGGACUUAUGAUGUCUUCAAGGAGACCUACGAUGUUUUCGUGAGAUUACUGCAGUGGUAUUCAGAGCACAGAAGCACCGUCCCCACGGUGAAACGGGAAACGGUGUAUGAUGGUAUUGAGAUUCCGGUUUCCAGCGGCAUCGUCACCAUCGCGCAUGAUCUUCUAGCACGCGGUCAAAUCGACUUCGACAUCGAGAUGCCAGACCAAAUCAUCAUGUUGGACGCGAGAUACCAAGGCAAGGACGAGACCUAUUUCAGGGUUGCCCAAAGAUAUCAAGAUAUUUUGACGAGACUUUAUCGCUUUAAAUUCGAGAACGUUGAUGCUCAGAACGCUGGAAUUCCUGAGCCUGAAACGAAAGAAAUUUCUCAUAAAACGCAAGAAGGUUCUUUGAAAAAAAGGAGAUCCGUCGGAGACAGAGAUCCUGAAGAACCAAUGCCGAAGAUCUCUCGUAAAAACGAGGAAAGUAACGGAAGAAAACAAAAGAGCCAAGCUCAGCAAAAUAAAGAUACAUUGCUCGAGGGGAAGCUAUCGCUUUACGAAAGCGACAAGGGCAAAGAGACGAAUUCGAAGAAUCGUCCUCACGAACAAAGUGGAAGGAAAACUCGUGUAUCAAGAAAGAAAUCUGCCAAUAUUGAAGAGGAUUCCAUGGACUACGAAGAGCCAUUCUCGAAAAGAGCAAGACUAAGCUUCGAGGACUCGAUGGAUCUCGAGGACUUGGAAGAAAGCGAGGAAUCGAAAUUCUUCGAGGAGGAAUUGUGCGAAGCUUUUCGAGAAUGCACCGAAAAAGUACUUCCGGAUAGCUCCAAGUCUCUUACAUUGAUGAAUGAAUUAAGGGAGCAGAUAAAAGAAGAAGCUUCUUCGACAAUGCCGAACGAUAUGACCAAUGUGACUUCGAUUCCUCGACGUGUCAGCGAGAUUAUUAGGAACAUAUUACCUGAAACGAGUUACUUCAAUUCUGACAAGGCGAAAAAUUCGAGCGAAAUCCAAAAGAGAUACACCAGAAUAGCCAUGCUGAGGAUGAGAGAAGAGCUGAACGAUCUCUCGGUAACGGACAGUCAUCACGCGCACGAGUUCUUCGUGGUCAAUAGCUUCAGAGUGUUUUAUAGCUUGGAAACAUCGCCGUCGAUAGCAUCCGCGUCGUUAAAUGAUAUUGAGAAUUUUAAAGGUCACUCAGUGCCUAGCCAAUUAGUGCCGUUGAAGAUCGAGACUGUAAAUGAUUUUCUCGGCGAAUUAAAUCGGACUGCCACUUUUCCAAAGACCGUUCUCUCUUACACAAACUACAAGAAGAACGUGAUUGUAUCCAAAAAGAAGGAAGUAACAGUCAACUGGAAAUACGUCGACGCGGUGUACGAGUUCGUCCAGGAGAAGAAAGAAAUCGGCGCUUGCUCGCAGGAAUUACUGGAUAUGUUCUUUGCUGAGCAAGGAGAGGAUUUGUACAAGGUCAUUUCGCUUUUAACAGAUAAUAAUAUAUUUUUACGCUCUGGCGUCAUCAAACCACGCUAUAUCCAUCAUCGUUACGUGGAUCCUUGGCUGAUUCAGUCCUGCAAGAUAAAUCGCCUUGAACAGGAGUCUCUAGUGCCGUUCAAGGAUAGUAUAUAUGCCACGAUGCAGCAGGGAGACGCAACUGAGACAAACGCUGAGGCGGAUGCGAAAGAUACAAAUCUCCACAAUGAAGAAGAAGAUACAAGUGAAAAACAUGAAACAGAUAGUGCGGUACCAUCGACAUCAUCGGAAACCAACCAAGAAGUCAAAGAGGAAAACAGCAAAAAGGCGGACAAUGACUUAAAUAAUGAGGAAGAUGACAUGAAGAAAGAUAGCGAGAUCAACGAGGAGAGCAGUCCACGUACAAGGAAAAGGACUUAUAAGCAAAAGAUGCGGUUACUUCCACAAAAGGACGUGUACAAAUCUGCGCAGCAAAUAGAUUUCUCACAUUCCGAGGAAAUAAAAGUCCUGAUAAAGCCAUGGAUACGUAUAGACGGCGUGCUGAAUCGCAAAGUUUUAGAUCGAAUGUUAGGCGCGGUUCUGAGUUACUGCUUGCUCCAUCCUGGGCUCACGAUGUCAAAAGUGCAAAGCAGAUUCGUCCCUGCCCUACAACCCUUUCACACGCGCGAAUUGCUCGAGAUGCUAAUCAAAUUGGGAUGUUUGGAGAGUAAGCUCUUGAAGAGAACACGAGUUACUCUGUUCUCUCCACCGCCUGAAAUUAACAUCAGUGAUCUAACUGCAGAUACCGUUGGUUGGUCCGCCGAAGAUGAAAUAGUAUUCGAACCUAAAAUAGAUGCCAUAAUGAAAUUCAGCAUAUUUUUGAGUACGAGAACAUACAGCACAGAUUUUAUGCCGUAAUUAUGUGUAAAUUUAUCUGUAUUACACACCCUGUAUAACCAUUAUAUAUAUUAUUUUAUUUUUAUACUAAAGAUUUAAUUUUUAAGUAUAAAAUAAUAUUUAUGCAAAGACUGGAAUAUGUUGAGAGCAGCAUACGAGGUUAAUACAAAGAAUGUAUUAUACAAUAUAAAUAUAGAUAUUUUUUUAUUUGUGUAUAGGCAGGAUUAGAAAAACACUGUUUUCAAAUAAAGUUAUUAGGAUAA